AUGCAAGGUACAUUACUAGGCAACGAAUCUGAGACUCGUCCCCUGCUCUCUCCCUCGGCACCAGCAGCGGACUACUCAACUCAACCUCGGUCUUCAUCACCUAAUGGAAGUGAUACAAGUGAAGAUACAGUCACCAAGCAACAUCCGACCAAAGGGAAGAUCACCCCAUUACCGAAGUUUCAAUUGUUCAUAGCAUGUUUCGUCAGGGUUACAGAGCCUAUAGCUUUCAUGGCAUGUUUCCCAUUUAUCAAUCAGAUGAUCCUUGAAUUGGGUAUUGUAGAUGAUCCCAGACGAACAGGAUUUUAUGCUGGUCUGAUCGAAUCGAUCUUUGCUGUAGCUGAACUGCUCACUGUCUUCCAAUGGGGUAAAGCGAGUGAUCAUUGGGGAAGGAAGCCUGUGUUACUUAUCGGAUGUGCUGGUGCUGCUGUAUCCUCGGUGCUAUUUGGAUUCUCUACAACAUUCCCAAUGAUGAUCCUCACUAGGACGAUCAAUGGUCUGGCAAAUGGUAAUGUAGCUGUACUGAAGAGUGUCAUAUCUGAGCUAUCAGACGAGACCAAUCAAUCCAUCGCAUUCUCAUUCUUCCCACUAUCCAUGGCGAUCGGGACCAUCCUCGCAUCGUCCAUCGGAGGUUACUUCCCCCAUUUCGCACAGCGUUUCCCAGCUGUUGGAGAUGCCUUCCCUAUCAUCCGAUCACAUCCUUACCUCCUACCUUCACUUGUCGCAGCCCUCUUCCCCUUGAGUAGCGGUAUAGUCGCUUUCUUCUUUAUGAAGGAAACUCUUCCCCCGAAGAAGGUCAAAUCGACCAAUCAUGAAGAACACGAGCACGACCAUGAUGAUGAACAUGAUGGACCUCCAGUAGGACUUAGAGAUCUGAUGACUCCAGAUAUCAACAAGUUAAUGGCAUCUUUCGGCUUACUUCAACUUCAAGGUAUCUGUUUCCUCGGUCUAUUACCUCUAUUCUGCUUUACUCCAAUCACAGCUGGUGGUCUAUCUUUCAGAGAAUCACAAAUCGGUUUAGCAAUGUCAAUUAGAGGUAUAGCGACAAUCCUAGUUCAAUUGAUCGCUUUCCCAUUCUUACAAACUAGAGUAGGAACUGUUAGGCUAUACAAGUUUUUGGUGGUGCUUUUCAUACCUGCUUUCGCGAUUUUACCUGUCACCAAUGUCUUUGCACUGAAGGGACAGGCAUGGGCUGUGUGGACGGGUCUAGCAUGUAGUAUGGGUUUGUAUAGUAUUGGUAACAUGGCUUUUGCUUGUAACCUAAUAAUGACCAAUGAUGCUGCGCCCAACAGACGAUCUCUUGGAGCGAUCAACGGACUCUCACAAGCUGUCUCGUCACUCAUGCGAGCCAUCGGUCCAGGUUCGGCAUCGGCUCUAUUCGCGUUAUCGGUAGAUAGGCAGCUGUUACAUGGACAUUUGAUCUGGUUGGUAUUAGGUUUACUAUCGAUUACUAGUGCUUCAUUUGCUAUGCUGUUAAAGAGUGAUUAUAGGAAGAAGUCAAUCUAA